AUGGAGACGGUGGGGAAAUUCGAGUUUAGUCGGAAGGACCUGAUAGGACAUGGCGCAUUUGCUGUCGUCUUCAAAGGCAGACAUCGAGAGAAACACGACUGGGAGGUUGCUGUAAAAUGCAUAAACAAGAAGAAUUUGGCCAAAUCUCAGACACUGCUGGGGAAAGAGAUCAAAAUACUUAAGGAGCUCAAGCAUGAGAACAUUGUUGCAUUACUGGACUUUCAGGAGACGGUGAGCUCGGUGUACCUGGUAAUGGAGUACUGCAACGGUGGAGAUCUUGCUGACUACUUACACUCUAAAGGCACUCUGAGUGAGGACACGAUUCGAGUGUUUCUGCAGCAGAUCGUGGGGGCCAUUAAAGUCCUCCAGAGCAAAGGAAUCAUCCACCGUGACCUAAAACCACAGAACAUCCUGCUCUCAUACCCAGCAGGACGCAAGUCCCACUGCAACAACAUCUGCAUCAAGAUUGCGGACUUUGGCUUCGCCAGGUACCUUCAGAGCAACAUGAUGGCGGCUACGCUCUGUGGCUCCCCCAUGUAUAUGGCUCCUGAAGUGAUCAUGUCCCAAAACUAUGAUGCCAAGGCUGACCUGUGGAGUAUAGGAACCAUAGUGUUUCAGUGUUUGACGGGGAAGGCUCCGUUUCAGGCCAGCAGUCCUCAGGAUCUGCGGCUCUUCUACGAGAAGAACAAGAAUCUCAGCCCCAACAUCCCAAGAGAAACUUCCCACCAUCUGAGGCACCUGCUGCUGGGUCUGCUGCAGCGCAACCACAAGGACAGAAUGGACUUCGAUGAGUUUUUUUGUCAUCCAUUCCUGGAGGCCAGCUCUUCGGUUAAAAAGACUCCCACGGUGACCAUGACCUGCAUGCCGAGCUCGGCUUCAGCCAGCUCCUGCAGCAGCUCCUCCACCUCUCACCUCGCCUCGCCACCGCAGUCUCUUGCUGAGACUCAGCAUUUGCGUGCCAAAGCUGUAGCCUCCCCGACCCAGGAGGCCGCUGGUUUCCUUCUCAAAGACUCGUCUGGAGGAGGCGGCAGCAGCAAGAACUCCUCCUCCUGCGACACUGAUGACUUUGUCAUCGUGCCAGCUCCCUUCACCACCGGCGAGCUGACAUGUGAGAGCAAAGUGCUGCAGGACAGCCUGAUGAACAGCGAGUCUCUUCUGGCUUCAGCUGGUCUGUGCAAUCAAGCCAAAACCCCACCGCACUCUCCCACCUACAGCGGCUCUCCUAGUCCCAUACGCCUCACUGAGCUCCCUGGAAGUAAUUAUGGUGGUAACUAUGGAAACCAAGGGGAAUCAUUGCCGAUUCCGGUCCCAUCUCAGGUCCAGAACUACCUUCGCUUGGAGGAGAACCUCAAUUCUACCAAACAGGACGGCUCGCCUCGGCUGUCGACGCCGGUGCGCCGUUGCAGCAGUGGAAGUGUGGUGGGCCUCACUCGACCCGGACCCUCACCCUCCUGUGUGCAGGGAUCUUCCCCCACGUCCCGCAGGCUCUCUCUGGGAGCUGCCAGAGCUUUGCAGUUCCCUCAAGUUUCCCAGCAGGCUGAGUCGAGGCCGACCCCGCAGCAGUCCCCACCGGCCGCAGGGCUCGGCUCACGGCUCCACAGCGCCCCCUGUCUGCUGGAGUGUUCAGGCGGUGGCAGCAGGCACAAAAUCCGGAAGCAGCUCUCCGAUCCCGUGACCGCCCCCUCAGCGGGGCUCAUGACCGGCCGCCCCCUGCACUCCUCUCCCAGGCUGAGCGAGCUGAUGCAGCGUAAUCCUCUCCCCACCAUCCUGGGCUCUCCAUCCAAAGCCAUCCCUCCGUUUGAGUUCCCCAAACCCCCCAGUUCUCCCAACCUAAUGACUUUGCUGACAAAGCAGGGUAUGGUCAUUGCGCCCCCUUGCAGCAGGACUGCUCCCGGAGAGCUCAGAGACUUCGUUCAACAAGCCCCCUCGUCAGGCCCGCGCACCACCCACUGCAUCCGCAGACUGAGCGACGAUAACAAAAGAUUUGGAAGAUCUCAGAGUGCCGGCGGUCUGUCUGACAUGUUGCUGAUGGCGGCGUUUGGAGCAGGCGGACACGCCGGGGACCGAGGCAGCACAGAAAACCUGACCGCUGAAAAAGCCAUAGAGAUAACAGGACCUCCUGGAGGAGGAUUUGCUCCUGGUUCCAGCAGCCCGGCACAGGUGGUUUUCACUGUGGGCUCCCCACCAAGUGGCAGCACUCCGCCUCUCACCUCCAGACAAAGAAAAUACUCAGGCUCCUUCACCUCCGUCAGCCCGGCGUGCUCCAUCUCCGCUCGUCAGACUGGCACACAUCCGGACGGCUUUGAGGCUCCUCCCAGUCCUCGUUACAGUUUUACCGACACUGUUACAGCCAACAUGGGCGUCACCUUCGAGGCUCCCGAGCUGCCGGAGGAGACGCUGAUGGAGCAGGAGCACACGGACACCGUGCAGAGGCUGCGGUUCACACUGGAGUUCACCCAUUGUCUGAUGGAGGUGGCUGGGGCUCGUGGUGUUGCAGCGGGGGCGCCGGGGGACCUUUCCCACCUCUCUCUGCUCCAGCAGCAGAGUCUGGUGGCCGAUCAGAUCAGCUCAUUGAGCAGAGAGUGGAGUUUUGCAGAGCAGCUGGUUCUCUACCUGAAGACCACAGAGCUUCUCUCUUCUGCUCUACACACCGCAAUGGAUCGGGUUAAGCAGGGCAAGCUCUACCCGUCUGCUACCGUCAAACAAAUUUUGAGGAGACUGAAUGAGCUCUACAAGUCGAGUGUGGCCUCCUGUCGCUCGCUCAGCACUCGCCUGGAGCACUUCUUCAGCCGGAAGCACCGCCUGAUGGACCGGAUCACCUCCAUCACGGCCGAGCGGCUGCUCUUCAACCACACCGUGCAGAUGGUUCAAGCCGCCGCGCUGGAUGAGAUGUUCCACCAGGGGGAGGCGUCGAUCCUGCGCUACCACAAAGCGCUGCUGCUGAUGGAGGGCCUCUCCCUGCUGCUCACCGAGCAGGAGGACAUCCUGAGUGUUAGCAAGUGUAAGGAGUGCAUUGAACGCCGCCUCACGACGCUGCAGUCGGGUCUCUGUGUUUGAGCCUUCAUUCUGCGCCCAGCACUAUGAGCAACCCCUUAAAUCAUCACGCUUAUCUGGUGGUUUCAGUCAAAUAUCCUUUCAGUUUUGCAGGCAGACCACAAGGUUUAAGUUUACAUCAAAGUGGAGGGGUUUCUGCUCUGAAAGCCUCGGUUUGGUCUGUGGUGGUGGUGGGGGGACUUCUACUUUGACUUUAGAGGAGAAGAAAGAUGAAGGUUGCUAAGAAGAGCAUCCUCCUGCUGCCGCAGACUUUACCGUAAAAGCAGUCUUUGCCAAGUAGUUGCGUUCCUUUCAUAAAGUACACAAAGAAUCCCUCACUCUAUGAUUUGGGGGAGGAGGAACAGCAUCAGAAAAAGCAUUCUCCAACUCUCACUUUCAUUCCAUCUGUCUCAUCUUUUAUCAGAUUUCUCCUAAAUUAGUUUUUAUAUUUCCAAAACUACGUGUCACAAUUCCUUUGAAGUCUUUGCUUUUAUUGGACGAAAAAACGAUGGGUCCAGAAAGUUUGUUUUUUUAAUCCAAGAGGAAGUUCAGGUGGCCUGUCUGCGUCCCAUCACUGUUGCUUUAAAGAACUUCUGCUCUAGAUGAUCCUCCAGAUGCUGGUGAUUUUUCACUUCUUCUAUUCCGUUUUUCUAUUUUAACGCCUGUCAUGUUUAUCAUAUGUAAUCCUUGAUGAAUGUAGGCUUUCAGGAGACGACCGGCUUUAGACUAAAUGUGUCGUUUGAGACAUUUCUUCUGACGUUUGAGCUGAAGUCUGGGGGCUUUUUGCACUGUUUUAGUACUGUAUAAAAGAGUGGAACAUGCCAAGCUCAUCGUGUGUUUGUGUUUGCCUUCAGUUGUGUUGAGGUUUGUUGUCUAAAAAGUUUGAUGUGAGAUUGUUGGAAAAAUGGGGGGGGGGGGUAUAAGCUAUAAACAUAGGAAAAAUAUGUAUUUACACUGAGACAAAAAAAAAUUGUAUUUUGUGCGUUUUUUUGUGUUGACUGGACAUAAAAUGUUUACUUUCUCCAUAAACUUAUUAAAGUAUUGGGCCAACUAAAAACUUUUAUUGGUGGUUGAUGUGAAGGAGUUCAAGCCCUAGUCAUAUAAUGUUUUACCAAAAAAAAAAUCACAAUUUUCAACGUACAAACUUUUAAACAAUGUAGAAGCACUAUUGGAGCAGUUUGGAUGAAGGGCUAUCAUUGUACAUGUUUGCUUUUUAUCUUUAAUGUGAGAAAAGCUUCAUUUGUGUGUUUGAACAUUCCUAAAAAUCUAUUUAUCCACAGGAAUCCGCCCCCUCCCUCUGUUCAGAGAUCGAAAGAAACGGGCGGCAAAAUAAACUGAUGCAUGUGUCACUUUGUUCCCAAACAAUCAUUGCUGUUUGACAACUCCCAACAUACUUAAAGUCUCUGAUUUGGAUGUUUCUUUUUUUUGUUGUUGUUUUGAUUUGUCUUAACAUUUUUACUUCACUAAUUCCGUCUCGUCUGUUAUUGUGUGAUUUAAGUUAUUGCGUGUAUAUGACACUGCAGGCUUGGAUAGAUGUAUAGAAGGUACAUAACACCUGUACAUUUCCAAAGAAUUGGCGUUUAGCCUGAUCUUCCAUACUUUUUUUUAUUAUUAUUGUGCAAAAACUGUUGCAUGUUUUCAUCUCCAUAACAUGCACUAUUUGAAGUGUCCCUGUGUUUGAUGUAACCAUUCCUGUUUAGGAGCAAAUAUCAUAAAUAAAGUUGAACUGAAAGGUCAUUUGGCUGAAGGUUUUGCACGUUUUUUGGGGUUGUUUUCUUAGUAUCACUUUUUUUUUCUUUUUUUUUUUUUUUAAUGGUUUGUUUGGAAGGCGGAGAUGAUUUUUUUUCACAGUCUAAAAAUCAACUUAUGACAAAUCUUUCAUUUUAAUGCCAGAUUCAGUGUAUGGAAAAAAUAUAGAUCAUCUGCUGAACUGAAACUGGUGUCGUAUAAAAAUAAAAACAUUUGUGUUGCAAA